AUGGAGCACGGCGGCGAAGGUGUGGGUAUCAGCGACUCACCUCAGACACAGAUUAUGGUGACCUCACGGAGGGUGUCAACUGUGCGUACUUUUGCGUGCUGUGGACCGGGUAAAAAGCGCUAUCUCAUCUCCGUCCUCUGCAUGGCCUGUCUUACCAUCGUUAUUGGGAUGCGACCCUCUCAUCAUCGCCAACUGCCGUGGACUGCGACUAUUACCGAGGAUUUAGUUGAAAAUGCCGUCUUUUUCGCUUACCUUAUUGCUAGUCCAAUCGGUGGAUACUUGACAGUGCGACAUGACUCGUCCCUCCUACUAGGAUGCUCCGUAGCAAUGACCUGUGGACUCAAUUUAUUCCUCCCACUUGCGGAAACUAUCGGAUCAAAUAUUGACGCAAAAUUGGCACUUAUUAUUAUUCUGAGGUUGCUGCAAGGCAUGGCGGAGGGAUGUCUUAUACCCGCAGUGUUUGGGACUCUGCGAUACUGGAGUCCUGAUAGCGAGCGCUCAACUCUUAUUUCCUUAGCGGUGAUAGGGGUCUCGUUGGGUCCACUAAUUGGUCUGCCAGUCUGUGCUGAAAUCGAGCAGAAGUGGGGUUGGGGAGUGGUCUUCUACAUAUACGCAAACUUGGGUCUCAUUUGGUGCAUAUUUUGGUGGCGUAUGGUGGACGAGAAGCCACAAAAGGAUAGAAGUCUCUCAAAGGCGGAGAAAAUUUAUCUGAAAGAGAACACCUCCCAGCAACUGCUGUUCGAUCCUGCACACGUGAAGAUUCCUUGGGUGGCCAUUUUCACUUCCAAACCAAUAAUGGCGAUAUUCCUUACAUACGCCGCAGACGACUGGACGUUUCAGAUAUCGUCUGUGUGCAUGCAAACAUUUUACCAACAACGCUAUAAUGCCGAUGUCCAAAAAACAAUAUUUCUUCUCUCCUUUCCAUUUCUCUCUCGAUCAAUUUUUGUCCCCAUAGGUAAGUUAAUGGGCAAUUUCGCUAUUCAAAUACCUCAAUAA